GUGCCGUGUGCUUCUGCCGAUUCGCCGCGAAAUCUGCCAUGAAGCCGGCGAUAUUCCUAGUUAUCGCGAGUUACGCGACCGUGCGAUCGGCCACGAUUCCGGAUUCCUCGACCCUGAAGAGAAGCGAAGAAUGGCUGGAACAAGCAGCGAAUCAAUUGGAAAGGCUCGACACAUAUAGAAGAAUGGACGAGGCCGAAAAUCUAGCAGCAGCCAAUUCGGCAAAUUCGAGAAUAGACCCAGGGACCUUGAAGAGGAGCCACGAGGUGCAAAAAGGACUCGAGUCUCUGUACGAGCUCGAGCCAGACACUUUCAUGGAAGAUAGAAUAAAAAGAGCUGGAAGUGGGAAUUUCGUAUCGGGGAUAGUAAGCGGAAUCAUCGGAAGAGUCAUCGGUUCAUCAGCAGGUGGAUUGAGCAGUGCAUCGAGUUCGUCAAGCAGUUCUUCGAGUAGUUCUUCCGGCCAGAAGAGCAACUCCUACCACUCCGUCGAGUACGAACAUCCCGUGCACUCCUACGACGACAAGUCCUUUGACAUCUGGGACUUUAAAAAGGCCAUCCUGAACACCGUCCUGCAGGCGUUGAAGGCGAUCAGCGGAGGAGUAUUAGCCUUGAAGGGACAAAUCAUCAAAGGUGGAGGUUUCCUUGUGUCCUCGAAGGGCAGGCUCAUUAGCACCACGGGAGAUGCAAUCUCGUCCUUAGGGCGAGCUAUUGCCAGCAGUGCCGUCGUAAAUGCCCCAAAACCCACCUACACAUCCGGAGGGUGGGAGUCCCCUCCUAUAGAGUCGCAUGAGCACGACGUCUCAUACGAGGGACAACCUCCUGGAUAUCCACCCUUGGGACCUACCGGAGGAUAUUCCUCUCAUGGACCAUAUGCAGCACCGUCAGAUGACGGUGCGGGAGGCGAGUUGCACUUUCUGAAACCGAAACCCGACCACGAAGACCACGGAGAGUUGGACCCUCGACACCCGGACCACCAGGACCACUUUGACGAGCCACCAAAAAACGCGGGACAUGCCGAGGAACCCCAUGAAUACCCACACAAGGGAGCACCCCCGUCGAGCUACGACCCUCCACCUUCGGGCCCCAACUUCCCCGACCAUGGGGCCAGCUGCCAUCCCCCAGGACAACCAACCUCCUACCACCCAGCAAACCAUCCACCCCCUAAUUGCGACCCCCAGGACCACCUGCACAACUUCAACGACGACCAAGGAGUCCCCUACCAGGAGUUCCCGAAGUUGCAGCCGCACUUGUCGCCUUCUUCGGGAUCCUUCGACCACCACCCCCCGCCCUUCAACGACGCCCAGCAGCCCAUCCUCAUCCCCAAACCUCGACCAUUCACGACGGUCUCCAUCGAGACUGGCCACGUGGACCCCCUGAAGAUCCCACUUCUGAACCCCCUGAAGAAUCACCUGUCCCCUCUUCAGCUUCCCAAGGUCCAGACCUCCGUCAGCUUCAACAAUCUCCCAGUGCACUCCGACGUGAAUUUCGGAGCAGCCUCGCUGGUGCCGCUCAAGAUUCCUCUGCUGAACCAAAUUCCGGCCUUCUACCCUCAGAACUUUAACCUCCACCAAUUCCCCUCCUUCGGGGCGUAUGGGGCACUCAACAGGAAGAGUGGCUCCCUUGCCAGCAACUUCGAAUUUCAACCUGCCAUUAGGUUCUCACUUAAGGACUCCAAGCUCCAAAGGAUAUAG